GUUAAGCUAUUUAAGCAAGAAUGGAAGUUCUGGGUUGUGCAUGUCGCCGACAACCACCACUUGGUUGUUUCGGUGGAACUGCUGCUCUGCUCGAGGAAGUUCCCCUCGCUUGUGUCCGAACACCAGCAGGUCGUGGUGGGUCAGGAGUGCGUUGUCGUGUCGGCAUGGAGCAUCUCUCGCAACCCCGAUGAGUUCGUCAAAGCGGCCAUUGCAGCAGGACAUCCUUGCAAGAUUGUUUUGCCCGAGGCGAUUCGUCAUGCCAUUGGCACCAAUGCGUCCGCUUCAUCGGCCGACCUGGCUAGGCAGAGGGCCCUGUUCUUCCACAAGUGGACGCUUUUGCUUUGGAGGGAGUUGAUGAUCGAGUUCGGCUAUUCGGAUUUGGAGGUUCGUGAAAACGUCCUCGGCCGAUGCAAGCCUCAGGGUGAAGAGGAUGCCACGGUGCAUUCCAAAACGUUGGAUGAACGAGACAAGGGUUGGGCACGCGGCCCGAUCGAUCGCUGCAUGCUUGGAGAUGACUCCCUUGUCAGUCGCAGGUUCGGUCUUAAGCAGGGUCCUAAGGUUAGGCUAAUCGAUGAUCUGACCAUGGGUGGAGUUAACGAACUCGUAACGGUUCAUCCGAAACCCCAUGGGCUUGACAUCGUUGCUGGCAUGCUGCUGACUUGCAUGAAGGAGAUGCCGGGGGCCGAGCUCCGCGGGAGAGCCUACGACCUUCGUUCCGCAUAUCGCCAGCUUCCGGUCCACCUUGAGUCUCUUAAGCAUUCGUUUGUUGCGCAUUGGAAUGCUGAAGCCGGCGCCGUAGAAAUUGACCAAUUGCUUGCUCUGCCUUUUGGCGCGUCGCGCUCAGUAUUCGGAUUCUUGAGAGUCGCGACAUCAGUCUGGUGGAUUGGAUGCAUGGCCUUGGGCCUCAUCUGGUCCGUCUUCUUUGAUGAUUUCGUCACUGUGGCCAGGGAGACUGAUGUUCGCCACACAGAAUCCGCGGCAACCGCGUUGUUUAGAUUGCUGGGUUGGGAUUACGACGACUGUGGCAUUAAAGCUGUCUACUUUGAUGUAAUCUUCCGGGCCCUAGGUGUUUCUUUUGACUUGUCAUCCGCCUCGCGAGGCGAUGUUGGAAUCUCGAACACCGAAUCGAGGAUUGCAGAGCUUUGCCAGUCCAUUGGCGAGAUCCUUGACAGCAGAUCGUUGACCAGGGCUGCUGCUUUGCGCCUCAGGGGCCGAAUGCAAUUUUGCGACAGCUUCUUGUUUGGCAGGGCUUCCAGGCUAUGUCUUCAAGCAGUCACGCUGCAUGCUUACGGCAGCCCCGAUGCAGCGGUUGAUGACGAUCUGUGGAUUUCACUGUUCCGCUUCAGGGACUGUCUGGCAGCAAGCCGACCUCACCUGGUCAGCAGUCGGCAUGGUGAACCCUUGUUUGUCUUCACCGAUGCUUGCUACGAACCGGGGAGUGAGUGGUGCGCCGGUCUCGGCGCCACGCUCUUUGAUGCAUCAGGAUCCUUCAUAGCCUUUUUCUCCUUUUGUCUUGACAAGGCUGGCCGCGAAGUUUUGGGAGAGGCGACGAAGAAGACAAUAAUCUUUGAGCUUGAAUUCCUUGCGGUUAUCACGGCAUUGGUGCAAUGGAAGUCCCACCUUAAAAAUCGCUUUGGCUACUGCGCUCCUCACACUGGAGGAUGCCGGCGAGAUCCGGGCAUGGUACGCGCGAGUACCAUCGCCAAGCAAUGUUGCAGAUCUUCCUUCUAA